CAGCAGUUCGUUUGUGAUAGAUUUGCACGUAGCAGAAGGAACGCGAGCUACUGCAACGCGCGCCGCGUGUCUGUGCGCUUCUCAUGCGCACACACACCGGUACGCACACGCGCACUUCAGUAGGACACUGAGAAGAGUGCGUUCCGCUGAUCAUCUCCGUCCCUCCUUCCAGCAAGCGGAUUGCUGAUGCUUCUGACGACAACCAGUCGCACAGAGCUGCUGAGAGCGCGAGGCUGAGGAGAGACUGCAUCAAGGAGCCGCGCGCCGGCAGCGGGAGUCGUGCGUAGGAGUUGUUCACCGUCUCUACCUGCCAUCUGCAUUCCUCCUUUUUUCUCAACACCCAUCGGACGGGUUUGGGCGCACGGGGAGUCCCGGUACCGAGGGAGGAUUGCGCGCGCUCACGCGUGUGCUUUUAUGUAUGUGCGCGGGUUGGUUGUCGUCUCAGAACCGCGGUAUUGUCGCUGUGAAGAAAUUCGUUGGAAAUCAGCGAUAAACAGGCUGACUGGCUUUUACUCUUCCAGCCCCUGCUCAGGUUUUUUCCUUCUUUUGUAAAAGCUGUCUUUCAAGGCGAUGGACUUGAGAUAGUGCGUCUCAAUUUGAGUGCUGGUGGCUGGGAGUUGCCGUCGCGGAGAAAUGCGAAAGCAUGCUUGGAAGCAGUGAAGGCUACAGCAGGUAACCGAUAAGAUGGCGGCCAGGGAAGCAACUGGGCACAGCUACCUGGUGGCUUGCUGGCAGCCCAUUCUGAUCCUGAUGCUGGGCACUGUCCUAUCUAGUUCCACCACAGGCUGCCCAUCUCGUUGUGAGUGCAACUUUCAAGAGCGCUCUGUGAUGUGUCACCGCAAGAAGCUAAUGACAGUUCCUGAGGGCAUUCCUGCAGAAACAAGACUGCUGGACCUCGGCAAAAACCGCAUCAAAACCAUUAACCCAGAUGAGUUCGCCAACUUUCCUAACCUUGAACACCUUGAGCUCAGUGAAAACACUAUUUCCACCAUUGAACCUGGAGCAUUCAAUAACCUUUAUGGUUUGCGGACAUUGGGGUUACGAAGCAACAAGCUCAAGCUGAUCCAGUUGGGUGUCUUCACAGGCCUGAGCAAUCUCACAGAGCUGGACAUAAGUGAGAAUAAAAUUGUCAUCCUGUUGGACUACAUGUUUCAGGAUUUGUACAACCUUCGAUCUUUAGAGGUGGGCGAUAACGACCUGGUUUUCAUCUCUCACCGGGCAUUUCAUGGCCUUAAUAGCCUUGAACACCUGAGUCUGGAGAAGUGCAACUUGUCCUCUGUUCCAACAGAGGCAUUUACCCACCUUCACAGUUUGAUCACUCUAAGGCUGCGCCACCUCAAUAUUAAUGUCAUAAGGGAUUACUCUUUUAAACGACUCUAUCGGCUGAAAGUCCUGGAAAUAGCCAACUGGCCAUACUUGGAUACGAUGACCCCGAAUUGCUUGUAUGGAUUAAAUCUCACUUCUCUGACCAUCGCCAAUGCCAAUCUGACCACAAUUCCUUAUAUAGCCCUGCGGCACUUGGUUUAUUUGCGCUUUCUUAAUCUUUCCUACAAUCCUAUCCAUACCAUUGAGGGGAAUAAGCUCCAUGAUCUUUUGCGUCUGCAGGAGUUUCACCUGGUUGGCGGCAGGCUGGCAAUGAUUGAGCCCUACUCUUUCCGUGGUCUAAACUACCUAAAAAUUCUAAAUGUGUCUGGGAACUCUCUCAGCACUUUAGAGGAAUCAGCUUUCCAUUCAGUUGGCAACCUGGAAACCCUUGCGUUGUAUGAUAAUCCACUGGCCUGUGACUGCCGACUCUUAUGGGUUUUCCGACGGCGCUGGAGGCUGAACUUCAACAAACAGCAGCCCACCUGUGCCUCCCCUGAGUUUGUCCAAGGCAAAGAGUUCAAAGACUUCCCAGAUGUCCUGCAGCCAAACUACUUCACAUGUCGCAAGUCCAGGAUAAGGGAUCGCAAACCCCAACAAAUGUUUGUUGAUGAGGGGGCCAUCGUUCAUUUUGCUUGCCAAGCAGAUGGAGAUCCUGCUCCAGUAAUAAUGUGGCUCUCUCCACAGAAAAAGUUUAUCACAACCAAAACAAUUGGAAGGAUCUCUGUGUUGCCAGAGGGUACCCUUGAAGUGCGCUAUGCCCAGAUUCAAGAUAAUGGUACUUACAUGUGUAUAGCUAGCAACGCAGGCGGAAAUGACACCUCUCUUGCUCACCUCCACAUUCAUAGCUAUUCACCUGACUGGCCACACCAAUCCAACAAGACAUUAGCCUUCAUAUCCAACCAGCCCACAGAGACUGGUGCUAAUGGUACAAGAGCCAAUGUCCCUUUCCCAUUUGAUAUAAAGACAUUGAUUAUUGCAACCACUAUGGGCUUCAUAUCUUUUCUUGGUGUCGUCCUGUUUUGCCUGGUACUGUUGUUCCUUUGGAGCAGAGGUAAAGGCAACACCAAGCACAAUAUUGAGAUUGAGUAUGUGCCACGAAAAUCGGAUGCUGGGAUGAGCAGUACCACAGUGGAUGCUCCUCGUAAGUUUAACAUGAAAAUGAUUUAGUGGAGCUGUGGUAUCUAUUAAUUUUGAACUUAAAAAUAAAACAAACAGGGAAAGAAGACAUUUUCUUUCCUCUAUUGCGAAACUGUGGAUCAUGGUCUGUUAACAUAGAAUAAUGUUUUGCUUUUUUUUUUGUUUGUUUUGUUUCUUUCCGGACUGGUGAACUUGACAGGAGGGCAGAUCCUGACUUAAAAGUGGGAGGGAACGUAACUGGACCCAGUGUUACUGGGCGUCAGUGGUUUCUGCAAGGCGGGGGCAUUAAUUGAAAGUCAGAUUUGCCAUAAAAAGUUCAUGUUACUAUGGAUAUUUAGUGGGGAAAAUAUAUUAUAAAAAAAUAAAAAAUAAAAAAAAUAAAAAAAAUCUUCAUACAGCCAGAAUACAAGGGGCAAAUCAUAUUUGUAUCAUUGCUGUUCUCACUCUGUAGUUUUAGUUUUUUUUUUUGGUUUUUUUUUUGGUUUUUUUUUCUAUUUUGUUUGUCUUUUUAUGUUGUUGUUGGUGUUUGUUUUUUUAAGGGUUAGAUGUCCUGUUAUGAAUGUGAUUUGUAUAGGUUGAUGAGCACAUUCAUAAUAGCAGAUGCAUUUCAAAUACAUCUUCAUGCAAAACAUAAUUCUAAUAAUUGUGAUUGCAAUGUGCUUGUUAUGGCCCUUUCUUACUUUAUAACAGUCACAUUUGUCCUGUGAUCCAUUCAGCAUGUAUUUGUGUGACAACACCUGAAAAUGCUUUGUUUAAAAACUACACAAUAAAAUUACAAAAACCACAAUAAAUGCAAAAUACAGUAUGCCACUACUAGAACAGUAGAAAUUCUAGGUAAUAUAAUA